AUGGCAAUUGCAUAUGUUUACAUCAAAGCCAAAACACAAGAACCUUCAGAUAGCGAUGUUUUAGAAAUGUCUGAAGAUGAGAUUCAAUCUGCGGCUGAAAUUAAUAUUGAAAACCCACUUUAUAUGACAACUCAAUCUCUUUCAGAUGAUAUUUUUGCACAGUAUUUUCAAAAUAAAGAAGAAGAUAACAAAUUUUAUAAGGAUCAGAAAUACAUCGAAUAA